AUGGACAAGUUCCCGCCAUCGCCGCCGAAGCUUCCGAUCAUAGGAAAUCUUCAUCAAAUAGGGGAUAUGAUCCAUCGUUCUUUGGCGAAAUUGUCCGACAAACAUGGCCCGUUGAUGUCGCUUCAGCUCGGAAAUAAACCUGUCGUGGUGAUUUCAUCGGCCGAAGUGGCGAGGGAGGCUACAAAAAACCACGACAUAUCGUUUUCAGACAAGCCGACAUUAAUUGCGACGAACAAGCUUUUUUAUGGUAGCAAAGGGCUCAUCUUUUCGCCCCAUGGCGAUCAAUGGAGGAAGUUGAGAAGCAUAUUUGUCAAUAACCUUCUCCACAAAAAAAUGAUCAAAUCUUUCAAAACUUUUAGGGAUGAAGAAACGGAGAGCUUGUUGCAAAGCCUCGACGAGAUGAGCGCAACUUCCACGCCGGUGAACUUGACCGCGAUGUUCAAGUCAAUGGCGAAUGACAUGAUAUGUAAAUCAGCGUUUGGGAAGAAGUAUAGGAAAGGAGAAGAAGGGGCCAAGAUUAUGGGGAUAAUCGACGACAUGGUGCAAUUGCUGGUUACAUUCACUGCGGGGGAAUAUAUUCCGUGGCUUUCUUGGACGAAUCGAUGUAACGGAUUUCUUGCAGCCAUUGAUAGAGUUUCGAAGACGAAGGAUGAACUUCUUGAUACGAGAAUUCAAGAAUACAUUGAAUCAUCAUCAGGUGGAAGUAAAGGGAACAGUUUCGCCGAUAUAUUGCUUAGUAUUUAUAGGGGUGAGACUCCCAACGUUUCGAUCGAUUUCCAAAUGCUCAAAGCAGUUAUUCAGGAUGUGCUUGGAGCCGGAACAGAUACUACGGCAACAGCUCUAGGCUGGGCGAUGACGGAGCUCAUAAGACACCCCAACAUCAUGAAAAAAUUGCAAGCUGAAGUUCGCAAAGUUAUGAAUGGAAAACAGGGAAUUACUGACGCCGAAUUGGAGAAAAUGCAAUAUCUGAAAGCUGUGAUCAAGGAAACAUUACGCCUACACAGUCCUGUCCCGAUUGGGCUUCGCAAGACAAAUGAAGAUGUACACAUUAUGGGAUAUGACAUUCCUCGCGACACAAUGGUGAUGUUCAACUUGUGGGCUAUUUGUCGCGACCCUGCCUGUUGGGAUGAGCCAAAAAAGUUUCGCCCGGAGAGAUUCUUGAAUUCUUCAUUAGAAUACAACGGUAUGGAUUUCCAUUUCAUCCCAUUUGGAGCUGGACGAAGAAUCUGCCCCGGGGUAUACUUUGCGACAGCAUCAGUCGAGCAUGUGCUGGCGAAUUUAAUGGACAAGUUCGAUUGGAAGUUGCCGGAUGGAGCGAGAGGAGAGGACUUGGACAUCCAAGAGAAACCUGGUCUUGCAGUUGGGAGAAAAAAUCCGUUGAUAGUUGUUCCUAUUAAGCGCACUCUUUAA